AUGGUCAAGUCAUAUCUGAAAUACGAACAUGGCAAGUCCUUUGGCGUCGUCGCCUCGGCGACCUCCAACUUGGUCUGGUCGUCCAAGGAUCGAACGGGAACCGGCGCGGGACAGGCGAUAGUCGCUGCGAACGAGGAAGUUCUUUGCUGGGAUAUCAAGAAGGGCGAACUGCUAAGUCGCUGGAGAGAUGAGCGCUGCUCCGUGCCUGCGACGGCAAUCGCGCAAAGCAAAGCCGACAAGGACGUUUUUGCCGUGGGCUACGAAGAUGGCAGUAUUCGACUUUGGGAUAGCAAGAUCUCGUCCGUCAUUCUCAACUUCAACGGCCACAAGUCUGCGAUCACCAAGCUGGCAUUCGACAAGUCUGGCGUCAGACUUGCCAGCGGUUCCAAGGACACGGACAUCAUCAUCUGGGAUUUGGUUGCUGAGGUUGGUCAGUUCAAACUGCGAGGACACAAGGAUCAGGUUACAGGUCUUCAAUUUGUUGAGCCAGAGCCUCAGGUUGAGGAUGAAGAUGGUGCGCAGGCCAUGGUCCUCGAUGGUGAGGGAGCCUCGGAAGGGUUCCUCCUGACCACCGGAAAGGACUCUCUCAUCAAGCUCUGGGACCUGUCAUCAAGGCACUGUAUCGAAACCCAUAUCUCUCAGACAAAUGGCGAGUGCUGGGCGCUUGGACUAUCUCCCGACUACAGCGGAUGCGUCACAGCCGGAAACGAUGGCGAAAUCAAGGUCUGGUCUCUGGACGCCGAUGGCCUUGCGCUCAGCGCUCGCAAGGUGGAUAUGCCAGCUGCAGCACAGUUCCUGCAAGACCGAGGCACAUUGCACCGUCAAAGCAAAGACAAGGCGACCGAAGUCGUCUUCCACCCCAAGAAGGACUACUUUGCCGUUCACGGCUCAGAAAAGGCAGUCGACGUGUGGAGGAUACGCUCAGAGGCUGAGAUCAAAAAGGCGCUGGCUCGAAAGCGGAGAAGACGUCGUGAGAAGGCAAAGGAUGCCAAGGCUGCCGAAGAGGAGGCGAACGCGGGUGAAGAGCCAGUUGAUGUCUCAAAGGCUGACAUCAGCGAUGUCUUUGUUCAGUACGUUAUCGUGCGGACAGGAGGCAAGGUCCGCUCAGUUGACUGGGCUGUACCAACUGGACAGAAGGAUCUUCACCUGCUAGUAGGCACCACAAACAAUCUCCUCGAGUACUAUAGUCUGUCACCCAAGGACAAGAGCGAAAAGUCAAAGAAGGAUGCCCCUGAUUAUACAAGGGCGCUCUCUGUGGAGCUGCCUGGCCACCGAACAGACAUCCGAGCCCUAUCUCUCAGCUCAGACGACAGGAUGCUGGCGUCGGCAUCCAAUGGUACUCUGAAGAUCUGGAACAUCAAGACGCAAAACUGCAUUCGGACAUUUGAGUGUGGCUAUGCUCUCUGCUGUUCGUUCCUCCCUGGAGACAAGGUGGUUGUGGUUGGUACCAAGAGCGGUGAAUUGCAGCUCUUCGAUGUUGCUUCCGCGGCUCUCUUGGACAGCGUAGAUGCUCAUGAGGGUGCUAUCUGGUCUCUCCACGUUCAUCCCGACGGAAAAUCUGUUGUCUCUGGAAGUGCUGACAAGACGGCCAAGUUCUGGGAUUUCAAGAUUGUCCAAGAGGAGGUGCUGGGCACGAGGAGGACAACACCAAAGCUGAAGCUGCAACAGUCAAGAACCCUCAAGGUCUCGGACGACAUCCUCAGCCUCAAGUUCUCCCCAGACGCGAGGCUGCUGGCGGUCGCGCUCCUGGACAACACGGUCAAGGUCUUCUUUGUCGACUCCCUCAAGCUGUACCUCAACCUCUACGGCCACAAGCUCCCCGUACUGAGCAUGGACAUUUCGUACGACAGCAAGCUCAUCGUGACGAGCUCAGCUGACAAGAACAUCCGGAUAUGGGGUCUUGAUUUUGGAGAUUGCCACAAGGCUCUCUUUGGACACCAGGACAGUAUCCUUCAGAUCGCUUUCGUGCCGCACAACUCGGACGGCAACGGACACCACUUCUUCAGCAGCAGCAAGGACCGCACCAUCCGGUACUGGGACGGCGACAAGUUUGAGCAGAUCCAGAGACUUGAUGGCCACCACGGCGAGGUGUGGGCCAUUGCCGUUGCCCACAGCGGUAACCUGCUGGUCAGCGCCGGCCACGACAAGAGCAUCCGUGUCUGGGACGAGACAGAGGAGCAGAUCUUCUUGGAGGAAGAGCGUGAGAAGGAGAUUGAGGAGUUGUACGAGAGCACGCUCACAACCUCUCUGGAGCGCGAUCCUGAUGCCCAGGAUGAAAACAACGAGGUGGCCGCCGCGAGCAAGCAGACAACAGAGACACUCAUGGCAGGAGAGCGGAUAGCAGAGGCCCUCGAGAUGGGCAUGGCUGACCUCAGCCUUCUUCGUGAGUACGAGGAGGCCAAGCUCACCAACCCUCACGCUCAGCCUCCUCAGCGCAACCCCGUCUUCCUGGCUCUGGGCAACAUCACAGCUGAGGCGUACGUCCUCUCCGUUCUCCAGCGCAUCAAGGCCUCAGCGCUGCACGACGCCCUCCUGGUGCUUCCCUUCGCGUCAGUGCCCAUCCUCUUCACCUUCCUGGACCUGUUUGCGGCGCGGUCCAUGAACAUGCCCCUGACGUGCCGCAUCCUCUUCUUCAUGCUCAAGACGCACCACAAGCAGAUCGUGGCGAGCCGCACCAUGAAGACGAUGCUCGACGGCAUCCGCGUCAACCUCCGCGCGGCCCUCAAGCGCCAGAAGGACGAGAUGGGCGUCAACAUUGCCGCUCUCAAGGUGGUGGGCAUGCAGAUCCGCGACCGCAGCGUCAAGGACUAUGUGGAUGAGAACUGGGAGGAGGAGAACGAGGAGAGGAGCGCCAAGAAGAGGGCGUUUGUUCACGUUGCUUAA